AUGGGAAGAUCAAAAAUCAAAGUGGAACUUAUUCAAGAUCACAAGAAGAGGAUGAACACUUUUGUAAAACGGAAGGCUAGCUUAGUCAAGAAAAUUUCAGAACUCUCAAUACUUUGCGACAUCAAAGCCUGCAUGAUCAUAUAUGAAGGAAACAGUAAUUGUGAAAUGUGGCCAAAUGAUCCAAAUGAAGUUAAAGAGCUAAUAAAUCUCUACAAAGAUCAACCAUUUGAAGGACGGACCAAAAGGGGUAAGACAUUGUCCAACUAUUUCAAAGAUGAGAUCAAAGUAGAAAAGGAUCCGGAUUCAAGAUUUGACUAUUUCGAGAAUGAUGAAAAGAAAAAGGAUGAUGCCAUCAACGUAGAAAAGUAUCCGACUUGGGAUUCAAGAUUUGACUAUUUAUCUCAAAAGGAAAUACAAAAUCUUGUUGGUGUUAUCUCAAAAAGGACGGAGAAUGCAAAAGGAAGAAUAGAAUUGUUGAAGAGCAUGAAUGGAAGUUGCUCACUUUCUCAUCAACAACAAAUAUGGGACUACAACAACUUGAUGAACCAAACAUCUCUAUGGCCUAUUUCAGAUCAUGUGAAUUCUUUCAACAACAUUUUUCAAUCAAAUAUUGGUGUGAAUUCAAUGAUGGAGUCAGAAAACUGGUUGGCAAAUGAUGAAAUUGGUUCAAGUUUGGCAAUGCAUCCUCUGGGGAAUAAUUAUGGGAUUAUUGAUUCAAGUUCGACAAUGAUGCUGCCUAUGGGGAAUAACGAAAUUGGUUCAAGUUCGACAAUGCAGCAGCCUAUGUAUCAGUACCCUUUCAUGUACAAUGGCUCUACCCAUGUCAUUGGUUCAAGUUCGACAAUGCAGCCUCCUAUGGGUCAGUACCCUUUCACAAACAAUGACGACUCUACUGGGGAUAUUGGUUCAAGUUCAAUGCAGCCUAUGGGGAAUAAUAAUGAGAUUGGUUCAGCUUUGACAGUGCAACCCAUGGACAAUGACUCUACUUAUGAUUCCUGUACAUUUUAUUAUUGA